AUGGACUCUACUUAUUCUCCUCAGAUCAUGAUUCGAUCAGUAUCGAUUAUCAUUGUGUGGAUUUUUGUUGUGGAAGCAAGUCGAAUCAUUCUUCAUUCAGAAUCAACAGACGCAGAUAGAGGAAACGGUAGUGAGGAAGAACAGUGGAUUAAUGAGAUGGUUAAUGGUGACUACAAUGAUGAUGAUGAUGAUAAUGAUGAUGAUGAUAAUGAUGGUGGUGAUGAUGAUGAUGAUAAUGAUAAUAAUAAUAAUGAUUAUGAAGCUUUCACAAAUGAAAAUACCGAGGAUAGCGAUAUUCAUAAAGACAAAAUAAAUGAAUGGAAAAGUAGUGAUAACGACAAUGAGAAUUUAAUCAAUGACGAAUCAAAGAACGACAACAACAUUGUUGCCGAGAUUAUAACUAACAACUCAAAUGGUAAUGAAAGUAAUGGUGAAAACGUUUCUGAGAAAGAAGAUGAUGACGAGAUUGAUAAACUUGAAGAAUCAUUGUCUUCUACUAAAGAAGCGAAUAUAAUCGAUUACACUCACAGUAUUUCUUCGGCGCCAAAACAUCAUAUUUGGAUGGAAAAAAGAAUGAUCGGUGUUGUCGUUAAAAAAAAUGUAAGACGAGUGAAACGUGCGUCAAGAGCCGGCAACUCUCGCAAAGUGAAGGUUAUGCAAGAACGUCGUAAUAAUCGCUUGGACAGUAGCAACACAUCGGAAAAUUGGAAUCAUCAUAAACACAAAGUAACAGAGAGCUGA